AUGGCGACCACAUCGGAGCGCAUCAAGAACCUUGACUGUUCGUCGUCUGUCUGGGUGACGAAGGACCAGCGCGAAGCAGGCCUCAAGUAUCUGGUGGAGAAGCACGCAAGGCAGGGUGCCGCCAUCACCGCCCGCACCCUCUCCGGGCUGGUGGUCAACGCAGAGGAGGAGACAGCCCGCCAGGAAGCCGCGAAAAGCCAGAAGCGGCAGCGGGAAGGUGAGCUCAAUGAGCUCGUCGAGGAGAUGGCGAAAGCCGACGGAGAGGUGAAGGCCCCAACGACGUCCCUCUUCUCCGGUAUCCGGCAGGGCGCGGCCGAUGCCAAGAAGAAGAAGCCGAGCGUCCUCGUGGUCAAGAAGCAGAAGGUGGAGGAGGCGGCUGGAGACGCAGCUGGUGAGGAGGCAGCUGCGGAGGAGGCUACCACUGCCGCCCCCGAGGCCACAGGCCUCGGUCUCGGCGCCUACGACAGCGGCAGUGAAGAGGAUGAGUCUGAAGAGACCUGA